CUUUGUGAGCAGUGCAGGGGGAGAAGAGAGACGCUGGGAGAGGACUCACACUCACUCACUCACACACACACACAUACGCUCACGCACUCCACACACACGCGCGCGCGCAAACACACACUUGGAGGAAAAAGACGCACAAAGAUCAUCCGCACCACUCCGGUAAUCUGCGCCUUCUUGCCUUUUCUUCAACAGCAGACGGAGGAAAAGUUUGAGAGGAGAGGAGAGGCGCUCUGUCCCGGCAGACUAAAUCACGCUUUCUGGUUUUUGGAAGUUACAUUUUCUUCUCAUACAUCAGGGUUGUCUCGCUCCUCCUGUGGAAAUAAUUAGUUUUUGUGGGAUUUUACUUUAUUUGUUAAUUUUUUUUGCACAAACUAACAAACGAUUUGUGUUGGUAAACACUGAAGAGGAAGGAGGAGGGGAACGGAAAGGAUCUGGACCAAAGCGCGCCGAAGGGGGCCAACAACUCACCAGGUAUGGCGGCGGUGUUGCCCAGAACUCUGGGUGAGCUGCAGCUCUACAGGAUCCUGCAACGGGCUAACCUGCUCUACUACUACGAGGCCUUCAUCCAGCAGGGCGGCGAUGACGUGCAGCAGCUGUGUGAAGCAGGGGAGGAGGAGUUCCUAGAGAUCAUGGCCCUGGUGGGGAUGGCCAGCAAACCGCUGCACGUCCGGCGCCUCCAGAAGGCGCUACGAGACUGGGUCACCAACCCAGCCAUCUUUAACCAGCCGCUCACCUCGCUGCCCGUCUGCAGCAUCCCAGUCUACAAGCUCCCUGAGGGCUCGCCCACGCUGCUCAGCGCUCAGGACCGGGCCAAUACUGCCAGCGUAAAGAUAACCAAAGCCAUCGCCACUGCCUGCUCUGACCCGGGCAAACUGGACGUAGCCAGGGACAAACUGUCCACCGGGUCCCCAUUGCAGGGAAGCAGCGAGGCUCGGUUCUGGUCGAGCCACAGCAAUGACAGUGAACACAGCCUUUCGCCGUCGGACCUGGGCUCACCGUCCUCUCCCAGAGAUGCUUUAGAGGCAUUGGACGCUGCUGCAGUUCAGUCGGUUCUGGAGUGCGUGGAUAGAAUGGCACCUGGACUUCCUAAAACAGACCUGGCUGAGGUCAAAGAGCAGCUGAAGAACAACAAGAAGCUGGCGAAGAUGAUCGGACACAUCUUUGAGAUGAGUGACGACGACCCUCGCAGGGAGGAGGAGAUCCGGAAGUACAGCGCCAUCUAUGGACGCUUCGACUCCAAGAGGCGGGACGGCAAACACCUGACGCUGCACGAGCUGACGGUGAACGAGGCUGCGGCCCAGCUCUGCAUGAGGGACAUGGCUCUGCUGACGCGCCGAGACGAGCUGUUCGGACUCGCCCGGCAGAUUUCCAGAGAGGUCACCUACAAAUACACGUACCGCACCAGCAAAUCUCGGUGUGGAGACAGAGACGAACCGUCCCCUAAGAGAAUCAAAACAGAGGAGAACUUUUUCGACAUCCAGGAGGCACUGCAGGCCAUCAACAUGAGGCAGGAGAUGCUUAGGGAGCAGCUAGCCUGUGCCAAGUCUAAAGGAGAAGAAACCGUUGGACGCAAUUUACAGAUGCAGCUGGAGCGCCUUCUGGCGAGGCAGAUGGAGAUCCUGCAGGACGCCGCUGUCCAGGAGCGACUGCAGGCUCUGGACUGGAGGAUCCCCCCCGCUGCCUUAAAGUACCUCAGCGAGGCCCAGAACACCAAUGGAGUCACAGCUGACACCAGCAGAGAUGGCCAUGAGGACCAACCAAUCAACCUGCGAGUGGUCAGUCAGAGCAUGCAAGAAGGUGACCUCCCAUUGGGCAAGCAGCUAGCCAAUGAGCUGAAGCGUCAUCAUAACCACAAUAACAGCAGCAGCAACAGCAACACAGAUGAGACCAAAAUACCAGCAACAGAAAAUGGGACGUCACAGCGGGCAUCCAGCAACGCAGAGAAGAAGAUUAUCAAAUCAGAGCCAGAAGACUCCACAUAGUGCCUCCUGCCUCCUCCCUAUCAACCCACCCUCUUUGCUCUUCUCACACCUGACAGUAUGCAGUUAUUACCCAUCAGUAGAUACUAAGCAAGCACAGCCACAGUACAGCCUUAACAACCAACGUUGCCUCACGAAUAGCAUUUAUUUUUAUUUGAUGUCAUCUAUUUUGUUCCUUUGUUUUUAAAAGUAUUUGCCAAAGCACCAAUAGAGCACAUCUAGAAGCCCUUCAGUGCUUCACGGGUCUUUGUGCGUCGAUGUACUUUAGCAGAUAUUUGUUACAGACUUAUGUAACCUCUGUUCUUCUGCCUGGGAGUUGAUUUUUUAUUGUCUGCGGACAGACGGUAGUCGGGGCUGACUCUCAACUCCUGUCUGCCUUUGGGAGUAGAAACUUGGGUUGUGUGGAUGUAAAUCUGGCUAACUGUUUUAUCUCUUUAAGGAACAGUGUGCAAUGAUUACUGACGUCUAGUAGCCAUGUUAGGGAUAGCAACCAUCUCAAGCAGCAAACUGUUACCUCAGAGAUGUUGUCAGCGGAACAAAAGGAAAUUAGUUUUGGUUUAAAACCUAAAUUCACUUUCUUUAAUUUUUUUUACAUUACUCCUAGUUUAGUUGUGUUUCUUGGAGUUUUGCGGUGAAAUCCUUUAAUUUACCAACAUUUCUAACUAGUUUACUCUAGUUUCUUGGCUUAGCUUAGCUUUAAGCAGCCAUUGGCUUCUUCUUAAUAUUGUUAAAGUGAUAGUUUAGAACUUCUCCAGUGAGUCCCUGUGAAGAGUGAUGAACAGUUAACAUCUUACCGGUUGUAGAUAGCUCUUUGAACAACCUCAGUUUGUAGAAACAGAGAAUCAUUCUGACGAUAUUAGCAAGUUAAAAGCUAACCACAGUGGUGCUAGCGCUAACGAAGAUUACUGCUAUGUCAUAAAUGUAAGAGCAGUUCAUGAAAUAACUUUUUAUGAGCCUUUACACGUAUUCUGUAUUCCAUAAUUAUGAAUUUUAUGGUUAUUUGUGGCGAGCGUUUGCGGUGGAGCUAAGCUAGCUCAGCAACAUGAAACAGCAGUGGAGAGGUUUAUAAAAUGAAAUUAGCCACACUUUAGCUAGCUUGUCUCUGAUCAGAGCUAAUCAUUUCUCCAUAAUAAGGUCAUUCAAAAAGCUUUUUGGAACAGGUAAGAUUAUAAUUGUCCAGAACCUUCUUAAAGACACUAAACUGUAAGUGAUUUAGGUGAAGUUCAGAGUCACUGGUAGUAAAUUAUCAAAACGUCCAUAACGGAUUUUUAAUGUUUUUCUAAUUCGUUAAGACUAGAAGGUAGAACUCGGAAAAACAAAGGCUUAUUCUUGUUUGGUAAAUCAAAACAAAGGCUUGUUGGGAGACUAGGUUGAUCUGCUGCCCUGCAGCAGGUUGGUCUUUGAAAUUUUUGUGUCGUUUGCUUUAAACGGGCAAACAGGAGAGGUGGGACCAUGGGCUCCUUCCUCACUCUCAUGUCGUGUAUAUUUAUGGGAGGUAAUUCACAAAGAAGAUGUACAGGAGCUGCUGUGGAGCAGCAGCAGGGGAUAGAACGGCCGGGCUGCCAUGCCGGAGGCCGAGCUAAUUGCUUCAUUUCACUUUGUAAUUUAGCAAAACACUGCUGCUGAAGCGAAACCACACAUCUGCACACAGGGAGUAUUUCAGGAAUAAAGAUGCCUGCGUGUUUUUGAGGACAGUUCCAACUUUCUGAAGACGAAACAAUAAAGCUUGCAGGUUUAUGUUUUCAUAGAAACAGCUGCAAAAAAUGGAGGGAGAGAGAGAGAGAGAGAGAGAGAGAGAGAGAGGUUUAUUGCUGUUGGUGAAGCAGCAGCCUGUAAAUAUAAGAACUAGCCUAAUCUGUCAGGGUUUGUGUGUCCAGUGUAACUUUGCUGUAGAUUUUUGGUGUCAGAACAGUGUUCAUGUAUGUAGAGCAAAAAAAAAAAAAAAAGACAUCUCAACAUCUCUAAGGAUAAUAGAAAUGUUUGAUUGCGUCUGUUGUAUAAGAAGAUGCUUUUAGCCUUGGCUCUAACAGUGUUUAAUCCACCUGUAAUGAACGUCUGUGCUGAUCGUUUUUGAUGUUUAGACGUAGAUGCUGAGUGUUUUUCUGUUCACCACAUUGUGUAAAUAUACAUCUGUUUGGUCUGAACUCGCUCUCCUCACUUCCUGCACAUAGUUUAGUCCCUCUCAGAGGGAUCAAUGCAAUAUUUAUGUAAGUAAUAAGUCUAUCUGCAUUCUAAAAGCAUCGUUUAGUCAUGUGCUCAGUAACUGUAUGUCUGUCAUCAGUGUGGGAAACGUCUGUCGUCUCGCAGCUCUGUUUGUAUUUAAAGACUCCUCAGAUGAGCGAUGACUUUAACUUGUAAAAAAGUGUGUUUGGCUGCAGCCACCGAGUUCUGGCUGUGAUGGGCUUGAACGCUCGUACGAAGUUUCUGAGAUCAGCGCAUGUCGUCUCACUGAUCACCGUUCUCUCACUGUUUAAUUUAUAGUGAUAGAUUAGGCAUCACCCAGUUAUGCACCUGUUUUUUAAACACUAAUAUAUUUUAUUUGUUAUACAGCACAUAAACAUUAAACUUUAUUUUUUGAACUCUA